AUGGAACAGACAAGAAGAAGGAAAGUGCUUGACCAGUUUUCUAGCCUAUCACUGAAUGAGGGAGGCUACGACUACAAGUUCAUAGAAGAACCUGCAGACUCUCUCAAGUGUCUCAUCUGUCUGCAUGUAGUUAGGGAGCCACAACAACAUGGCGGCUGUGGGAAGCUAUUCUGUAAAGUGUGUAUUGGAAAGUACAGAAGGAACGAUUGUCCUCACUGCAGACAACCAAUCAGAACGUCUCGUAGACGUCAGUACGGAGAAAGUAUCUUUAACGAUUUCAAAAGUGACCAAGAGGUGAAGUCUCUGCUAGUAUACUGCACGACCAGCUGUGGUUGGCAAGGGGAGCUGCGAUCAGUCCAAGAUCACGAGAAAAACAAAUGCGAAAAUACUAAAAUUACAUGCCCGAAUGCUUGUAACACAAAGCCUAUGAGAAAAAAUCUUCAGCUUCAUCUUGAGACAGAAUGCCAAAGGCGACUUACAAGCUGCCUAAAGUGUAAGCAAGAUAUGGAGUAUCAAGAUCUGGACAACCACAUGGCAAGAAAAUGCCCCAAGAGACGGUACACAUGCCCACACUGCAAUGAAGCUGGUGUGUAUGAUGAGAGAACUACUACACAUCUGGAAGUCUGUCCUAAAGUCAAGAUCGAGUGUUCCAAGUGCUUGGUUACAAUUUCUCGCUGUGACCAAACAGGCCAUGUUUUAGUUUGCCCGGAUGAACCAGUACGCUGCAAGUACAGUACUAAUAUUGGUUGUGCAGAGAAGCCUCUAAGAAAGGAUUUGACUAAUCACGAGGAGAAUGCACUGAUACAUCUAGAAAUAGCAGCAGACAAAAUACUAAAGCUAACAAACAUGCUCGUCUUAAAAAACACACUAACAUUUAAAUUCAACGAUUUUAAAGAGAAAAAAGAAAACGACACUCAAUUCUUAAGUACAGAUAUUUGUACUUCAGAAUCAGGCUACAAGCUGUGUAUAAAAGUCGAUGCGAAUGGUUAUGAUGAAGCUAAAGACACUCAUGUUUCAGUGUUUGCCCAUCUCAUGAAGGGAGACAAUGAUGACUCCCUGUCCUGGCCGUUCACUGGGACAGUCACAAUCGAGCUACUCAACCAACUGGAAGAUAAGAACCACUGCAAGAAGACUCUCACAUAUCUAGCAGAGGGUGGGGUCAGUCAGAGAGUGGUUGAUGAUGAGAGAGGGGGAGGGUGGGGCUACCCAGAGUACAUCUCCCACGCUGACCUCGCUCACGAUCCUCUUACAAACACUCAGUACCUCAAAGACGACACUCUAAUAUUCCGAGUAUCUGCAGAAGCUCCUGACUACAAGCCAUGGCUGGAGUGUAGCAAUUGACUAUAGUUACAGUAUCAUAAUAGGGUAAUGUACUUAAUAUUACGUAUACUUAACUAUACAGAACUACUAGUAUAUACUACAUGUGAAACUAUCUUAUUUUGAACAAUUCUUUCUAUGAAACUAUUAUGCAUUAUUAUUGCAUACAUG